AUUUGUCUCUUCCAUUCCCACCCCCACCCGUACUCCAACCAGCGCCCAAAGGUGUCCAGAUCCAGCUGCCGGCCACGGAACCGGCACCCAUAAAGGAGAACGCCCUAUACUCCAGAAGCCAAGCAAGCACAAGCACAACAGACCUCCCCGAGCUGUCCAGCAUCGCGCAUAUCCCCCCUAUUUAGUCUCCCCCGCCUUCCCAAUUCGUCAAGCUUUUUUCAAUUAACAGCUAUAUCCGAACAACAUGGGCCGAAAGAAGAUUGAAAUUCGUCCCCUCACUGAUGAACGCAACAGGAACGUCACAUUCCUCAAGCGGAAGGCUGGCCUGAUGAAGAAGGCGUGGGAACUGUCAGUUCUAUGCGCAGCCGAUGUGUCUAUCGUCAUCUUCUCUGCUGUUGGCAAGGCGUACGAAUUCUCGAGCAAGGAACUGGAUGAACAGAUCGAGCGCUACUAUGAAUAUGAGGGCAUGAUUGAACGCCGACGAGCCGCCGAAUUUGCAGCGAUGGCUCUGGCCGGUGAAGACGACGACGACGACGACGAUGAGAAUCCUCGCCGGGGAGCGGGCUCGAAAGCGAAAGUUGGACCCAACGGACAGCCCGCCCCUACCCGAAGCCUCAAGGGCAAAGAGGUUUUCAAACCCCGGACCGUCCGUGCUCAGUCGUCAAGAGGCGAGGGCAGGGGCAGAGAGAGAGAGCGAGAGAAGAGGAAGAGAGACAAGGGAGGGGACAGAAAAGGCUUCAUCGAUGGGAUCGUUAGUGAGAGCAGCGAAACGGAAGAGGACGACAAAAGGUCCAGACGCCGGAAUGGGGAAUCACAGGGCUACUCCUCGAGAAAAGACCCCCAUGCCAGGGAAGAGAGCGAGAGGUCUGCUGUUUCACACAACAAAUCUCUUGAAGGCUUGCAGUACGCUCUCAGUAUGCACGCCUCAGCGCCCGACGCGGCAUCUGAACGGUCUCGACUGCGUCCUCCCCCACCCCAACAGACCGACUCAUAUCUUGCCUCUCAUACCCCUCUUGCUGUGCCCCAAGCGCCCCGUCUAUCGUCAGAUACCAUGCCCCACAGGAUGUCAAGCACUCCCACAUCAGCGCAAGUGCAGACACCUGGCUUGCCAGGCAUGUCUUCCUUCACCACCCAAGGAGACGGCGCGCACGGCAGCCGUUACUAUGCGCCUUCGUAUGGGUUAUACAUGCCGCGAUCUUCCUUUCAGCCUCCACCCUCAGCGCCCUAUUAUCCCUCGCCAUAUCCCCAGACCUCCCCCGGGAUCCAGUUCCCCGGGCAACCACCCAACUUUUCACCUCAGCCCGGACAAGUAACAAUGGGCCCCAAUGGUGCGCCCAUACACUGGGAUCAAAGCUUGCUUGCCAAGUAUGCCGAGUUCCAGUUGCAGCAAAGUCAUCAGCGUCAGCAGAGGUUGCUUUUGGAAAAGCAAAGGCAACAGUUGCAGGAGCUCGGUGUGCCACUGGAUGAAAAGAGUCUGUUGGACGACAUCUUUGGCGGGGUGGGUGCUGCCAGGCAUGGUCAUGGAGGUGGGAGUAGCAGCGCUAGUGCGAUUGGAGAGGGAAGGGAUGACGGGAAUGGAGUAGAGUUCGUCUGGCCAUUGGGCAACAACGUUUCCAUGCCUGGAGGCGAAGAAGAUGGUCCGUCGCCUGCGCCAAAACACCCGACAACGUCUUGGGGAAUGGAAGGCUUUGAUGGGCUAGAUGAGAUGUCAGGUCAUGGCAUCAGUCUGCCUAGUCCAGUUUCGGCGGGUGCUGGUGACGGCCGAAAGAUGAGCGGGGAAGAAGAUGCUUUGGGAAAGAGGACUCAACGGAUAUAGCUAUAGCGUGAUACUUUCUAGCAACAUGCCUAUGAUCUGAGAACGCUUGGCGAUCCGUUUCCUGGACCUCCUUUGUAAUUGUAGAUGUUUGGAGUCAGCUGGAAAGGAGAUCAUGUGUACAAAAAUAGAUAGAUUGUAUUGCUUCUUCCCUACGGAUGUAUCGAGAUUGUGAUUUA